AAUUUCCAGGUCGUGAGGUCAAACGCUGAAAUGUUUUGUUUCGUCGCAGUUCUCAUCGAAACCAAAAACUUAUCGAGGGUUUGAACAAUUCUUUUGAGUGUAUGUAAUGGUAUUUGUUCAUGGACGAUUUGCACAAACACCGUUCCCUUUAUAAAGAAACGACGCCGCCAUGGAAAGAGACGUAUCGUAAGCGCUGUUUCGACAGGCUGAAAAAGAGCCGUUCACGACUGUUGGAGAAAUAUCGUCAGCUGGGAGACAGCCAGCAGCUCAGUAGUUCCAAGACCUCCACCCUUGUCCAGGAGGUGAUGGAAGCUGAGUGGACCGCCCUGCAGUCGGAGGACCGGGGGCUGCCCUCCUUAUGGGGGACGAAGGGGAUGACAGAGAUGUUAACUGUUAUGAAGGAGUAUGAUGAGCUGGCGGUGCUUGAGGAAAUUCAGCAGGAGCUCAUUUCUCAAGAGUUGUCCAUUAUUGAAGAGUAUGAAAGAAAUCUGCAGUUUGAGCAGCAGUACAUGGCGUCUGUCAUCGCAGGAAUGGAUGAGAUGCAAAUAAUUUGUCCCAUAUGUCACAUGAACAACUUGAACAUAAACAGAAAUUUUAUUUCCUGCCCCUGUGGACUUUUCAUCAACACUGAGAAACGGAACAUCACUCCUGAAGUCCUGAGACGUCGUCUGGAGUCCAUCGUAUCGGAGCACAUGGAGGAUUGUCCCCAUAACCCAGUUUUCUCUGUGGACUCUAACAUAGACAGCACUUCCAGCCUGAUGAUGAGCUGUGAGGUGUGUGACUACCUGUCUUUCAUCAUGUAAAAGAAGAAGGCAGCAUCAGAGUUUAUUUCAGAUAUUUGGUACUUUUUUAAAUUGUGUAUAUUUUGUAUAAUAAAGUCUGUUUGUCUGUGUACAUGUAAAUAUAAUUAGCUUCAAUAUGUAAAUUAUGUCCACAAGCCUUUUCCUAUAGAUUGUCGUAUUGAGAUCAGGUCCGGUUUCAUUGAAUAUAAAAACAUUAUGAAAA